AUGGAGACAAUGACAGUUUUCUUGGAGGGACAAGGAGGCUUUUCCCGCGGAGCUCUGCUGAACCGGGUUAGUCUUUUGCUGCCUGUCAUCUGGAACCACCUAACGAGGCCGCGGGAGCGUCUACCGCCCGAGAGCUGCUCGGAGAAGACGCUCCUGGGGCUGAGGGGGAGGAGGGCCCGCACCCGGGCUGUGCCAGAGCCUUUCCAGGAGGGAGCACUGGCGCGCCUGACAGUCGGCCGACGGAGCGGCGGCGCAUGGGAGUGGCUGCACAAAGGAAAAGGCCCACCCGGUGGAGACCGGAGUGCGCACAAGCGUGCCCAGCCCUGGCCGUGCACAGCCCGCGCUCCCGGCUCCAAGUGCCGGUGUGUCCACUGGACGCUGGAUUUAGGGGCGAGCAGCAGGGCCUCACCCAGCCCUCCGUUCCUGGCUCUGGCUGGAUGGCAGUACGUCUCCCAGUCAGCCCCUUCUCGCCUCAGCUUCUCCGCAGACACCACUGGGAAGAACGAGCGCUGGGCGUUCAGAAGCCCGGUGCUGGCCGGAGCGACUAAGCUGAUGUCUCCCCUCUGUUCCAAAGACAGAUCGAGAGCCGCCUCCACUCCGGGGGCCGGAGCGCCAACUCCCCGGCCGGGGAAGGCGCGCAGCUUGCCCACCCGAAAACGGGCGACGCUCCCGCGCUUGCGCGCUCCCCCGGAGCCCCCGGCACCGCCCGGAGGCGGGGAGAGGGCGUGGCUGGCGUCCUCUAGGCGAGCGGCCCAGGAGAGCUGGCCCUGGCUGGGAGUGACUCUCGUUUUGUGCUUGAAGAGAGCGAGGAAGAAUGUGAGGGCAGAACAUCCUUGGGAGAAGAUGCCUUUUAAAAAUCAUGCGUAACAGCAGUUGAAACGAUUUUGUGUUGCUUUGUUUUGUUUAUACUGAGUGGUUUUUCGGUGAAAUGCUAUUUUGAUUAAAAGA